AUGACAGAGACUACGGACUAUCACACGCUCUCAGACCAAAGCUCGUUCUUUAAUCACGACGAUGAGCGAAGAAAUCGCUGGAGUUUGCAAGGUCCGUCGACAACUGGCCCCGUGUCAUCAAUGAAUAAAGCGUCACGUACGUCCACACCGUUGCCUAGCGGCUCGACAGAUGAAGUGCUUCGAGAUAUGGGCAACGUAGACAAUGACGCGGUGGCUGCAAGGCCUCGAGGGACGUCCAAGAUGCUGCCCAACACGUUCCUGGGCUCAGGAUAUGGCCGUAAUUCGUACUUUACAUGGCGUCUACGUACGAGCACUUUGCUUGUAGCGGUACUGAGCACUGCAGGCAUUGCGGUCUUCUGGGGGUCAAAGUCUAUUGGAUAUGGAGGUAUUUACGUACGAAAUGUAAGCUACGCUCUGGCGUUCCAGCGAACUAAGACCACAGCGUCUUAUUCGGGGACAAACUAUUGUGGAGAAUGCGACACUAUAGUAGUAGAUGCAAUGCUGGUGUAUCAUGUGGCACCUUUGCUGGUAAUUAUCGGCUUGCCAGCGUCAGGUCUUCGAAUUUUUGAGCCGUUCCACCGACGUCAAGGUGGAAGCGGUCGACAGAAAAUUCAGAGGUCCGUCUUCUUCCAAUUUUGUGAGAUGCUGAGUGUCGUGGUGCUCGCGUUCAGCUUGCUUGUGAUUUUGUACUUUGCGUACGCGGUUUUCCAGGGUAACAAUUUUUAUUGCAACAGUGUAGGAGCAAACUUAUACGUGACAUUUGCAGUGAUCACGUUCUUUACCAAUUUUGUCGUGCUGACGUAUUUUGCACGAUUUCGAGAGCACCUUAGUAUGCAACUCGGUGCUUUUAAGGAAACGGAUCAGACGGGUGGUAUCCGAUCACGUCUUCAAGGUCGAAGCAGCAAGUACAAGUCGGAACGCACGCGUGUCAUUAAUGACUUGCGCAAACAUCUGUAUAAGGAGACAUCGCUGGGCAAUGUGACUAAAAUGGAGACACUGCUGGAGUACGCUAAAGAACACUUGGGUACAGAUUUCGCGCAUGAAAUGUAUAGUGAUGCCAGACUUGUGUUGAAGCUGUUCGGUCGCUCGAAGAAGAACCCAAUCCAUGUGGCUGCCUAUUUAGGAAAUGUACAAGCACUUCAGUUGCUGUUUGAGGCCGGCUUUCGUGUAGAUAGUUAUGACAAGGUAUCCCGCGUGCGUUUUACGACUGGUGAUCUUUUCUGGACGUUUGCGCAACUUUUUGUGUCCAAGCCGUUGACGUCCGAAGACGAAAUGGCUGCCUCAAUCUUCCGCACGACGCUUGUAACGCCGCUGUAUUGCGCGGUGAGCACAGGACAGAUCCAAGCUGUUCAGUGGCUUAUCGAACACGGCGUGGACGUGAAUCUCAAGUCCAAGUCAUCCUACUGGUCAGAUCGAAUACCACCACUUUUUGUGGCCGACAACCCCGACAUCGUUACGUUACUCCUCGAGGCUGGUGCAAAUCACCUGGACGUGCCGGAUCCUGGCCAUAUGAACACGCUCACAGUGUUACAAAUGGCCUAUAUGCGUGGCAACUUUCCUGUGGCACAUGAAUUGGAAGAAUGGGGCGCUGACGUCGCUCUGACGCCUCUUCAUGAAGCUGCAGCCAAGGACAGCACAGGGAAUAUAAAGAAGCUACUGAAAAUUGGUGCUGAUCCUAAUUGUGUAGGUGAGUAUGGUUACACAGGCAUGCAUCGCCGUACACCAUUACAUUGGGCGGCAAUCAAUGGUGCAGUUGAAGCCGUUAAAAUGCUGCUUGAAUCUGGAUCUGACCCAGAUUUUCAGGACAUCUUUGGUCGGUCACCUCUUCACUGGGCGGCACGUGUGAACAAGCUCGAGGUUGUUCGUGUGUUGCUAAGCAAGGGUGCCGAUGUAAAUUUGCGCGACUAUCGCGAUCGCACCCCACUGCUAUGCGCUGCAUCUUCCAAAAAUGUAAGCGUUCACCUGUUUGAGUGUCUCGUCCAGCACGGUGCAGAUAUCGACGAUUGCCUUUGCAACGGCGAUAGUGCCUUGCAUAUUGCUAUGAAAUGUGAACAAAAGGGUACGGCGUUAGCACUCGUGGACGCAGGAGCAGACGUAAUGAAGACAAACCGCGAUGGUUACCGACCGGUGGAUUGUACUACGUCGACGCAGUUGCAGUUUGAAAUCAAGCAGGCUGCGGGCGAUCGGGACGUCAUGAUCAGUUAUACGCAUUCGCACAGCGAGUUUGCGCUGAAAAUUCGUGACAGCCUUGAGCGUGCUAAUAUUACUUCGUGGCUUGACCUUAUGAACCCCACUGGUAUCGGAGGUGGGUCAGUGUGGCGUGAAGAGAUUGCGCGCGGCAUCAAAAAUGCUGAGGUGAUCAUUUGCCUGUACACUGAGGACUAUCCAGUUUCCGAGUGGUGUCUUAAGGAGCUUGCACUGGCUAAGCAACUCCAAAAACCGAUCAUCGCUGUCUCUACGGAGGGUGCUGCUGUCAUAGAUGAAAUGCAAGUGUACAUUUACACACGGCAAAUGGUGCCUUUCGAGUCGGCUAUCAAGUGUAUAAACAACGUCAAUAAGCGCAAAGUCACGUACGAAUACGACGAAGAGCAAUAUGCAGCACAAUUUCGUCUUUUGCUGGACGGCGUUCGUGAUGAGAUUGAAAAGCGUCGCGAGGCUAACAUUGUCGGUGGAAGUAACCGUGGAUUUGCUAAUGGUACUAGUGUUGUUGGCUUUGGUGAGAAUGUGAUGGACUGGAAUCCAGCCACAUUGGACAGUAUCAGGUUUGCGUUCGUUUCACACGGUGACCACCACCACACGUUUGUAAAACGUCUGCAUGACCGACUACAAGAUAACCAUGUAAGGUGCCUGAUGGAUGGCACGCAAUCGUAUAUGGACAUGACAGAGCGCAUUCACGCUGCCAAAGAGGCCAUUCUCAAGUGUGAGGUGUUCAUUGUCAUAUUGUCAAGGAAGACUGUUGACAGUGAACUUGUUAAGGACCAGUUGGCGUUCGCAGAAGACAAGGGAAAACCUAUCUUGCCUGUGAUACUUAAUGACAUGGAGAUCCCAUUGGAUAAGCACUACACACUCUCGCGCUUGGAACUUUUGCACUUUACGCCGGAACUGGGAUUCAACUCGAGCUUUAUGCAAUUAUUGGGCCGUGUGCGGGACAACAUUUCAAACACAUCGUAUGAUGUACCGCAUGCAUCAACACGUUCGACUUUUCGAUCGAUCGCUCGAAUGAUAGCCAUGGGGGAUGCGCAUCAAAAUAACAGUCUAGUUGUCAACGCUACCACCCGCACUUUCUUGGGACGUCCUCGUUUGUCGGAAGCUGUGUCGACGCUUGUUUAA